CAGCCAAGCUAAUAUAUUCAUCUGUAAACGCACAUGUAAAUAUCACCAUUUCAGUUAAAACAUUCAAACAUUUCAUAUCUCUAAAAAAAAGAAAUGCAAUGAAUUACGGGAAAAGUUGACGUCGUUCAUUUUGAUAACUGUAGAUGUGCAUUGGAUUUUGACAAGCUUGAACAAGCCUCAGCGGUGUCGGUUAGCGGGAAACAGUUAAUUAACCUGUUGGACUGUUAGAGGCUGUGCGGAGAUCAAGGAUAAAACUUUUUGUUACUGGUUCAACUUAAACCGUCAAGACGAAGUACCCACAAAUUUACGCGGUGAAUCGUCACCAGGGUCAGGGGGCAAAGAAGAUGCCGAUUCUCACACGUGAUCACCUUGCGGCCAGGUUUCGUCAGAACUGGAUGAACAAGUACCCUCUGGAUACCUGCAGCAAUGGAGGCAUCAACCUGGAUGACAGCCUUACAAGUCUCAACUGGCUGCAAAACCUCAACAUCAUGAAAAUAACAUCACCAACACCUCCCCCUAGCCCAGGGCCAUGCAACAACUACUUCAAUGUAGACAACAACAAAAAUAUGAAAGUGAACCCCAACCACGUUCUGAAUGUCUCAUGUGCUCCUCCUCAGUGUAAAAUUGAGCCAAAAUUUCAUCUAGGGGAUCCAGCCCCUCCUUCAAGUUUAAAUGGGGAUUCCAUAGACUAUAAGACAAAUCCUUACGUGAAACCUCCAUACAGCUAUGCUACACUCAUCUGCAUGGCCAUGAAGGAAACCAAAAAGAGUAAAAUCACAUUGUCAGCGAUUUACAACUGGAUUACUGACAACUUCAUGUACUACAGACUGGCUGACCCAAGCUGGCAGAAUUCCAUCCGCCAUAACUUGUCUCUGAACAAGUGUUUCCAGAAAGUUCCACGUCGUAAGGAUGAACCAGGAAAAGGAGGUUUCUGGAGAAUCAAUCCAGAAUACAAUGACAUGAUUGAAAAUGGAAUCUUCAAGAAGAGGAGAAACAGCCGGGAGACACCUUGUCUUCCUCCAACAAAAAAGAUCAAACGCGAGGAAGAGGAUGACUUUUCCAGCUGCUCAAAAGCAGGAAAGAAAGAAGGCCUUGUUCAUUUUGGAAACCACGAGGAUCAGGAUCAUCUGAAAGGUGAUUUUAACUGGACCUCCAUUUUGAAUCAAGAUAUAGAAAUUGGAGGUGUUAGAGUGAAAACAGAAGACUUGUUAGAUUCCAAUGACAGCUGUGACUCUGCUCCUAUGGUAGCCAUGAGUCCACCUUCUUCUGAGUGCAAUUCAGAUGAUUUCACAAUCGAGGAUCUCUUCUCCCAAACAGAACUUUCCAACGAUCAGUCUCCCAUUGACUUUGUGACAAACGAUCCUUUAGAUUUAACCAUAAAUGGACAUCACAUAGAAGUUCCUCAGUGGUGGGAUCAAAGCUUGAACCUGUCAGGCAAUUUAAAGUCUGACCCAGAACAUAACAAAAGUGGUCUAAAUACACCUAUAGCCCCCUCCCCUGCCCCAGAGGACCACACUGAUGCAGAACACCCCUGGGCCAUGAAUGGCUUUGAUGACAUUGGGGAUGCUUUUGAUGUAGAUAACUUAUUUGACCUUGAAAAUAUUCCUAGUCCAAAAAUUUAAUAAGAAAGAGGAGUGAGUCUCCAUGUGUACCGUAAUUUUGUAAUCAUCAGCAAUGGGGUAUUUAUUCUGAUCAUGUUUUAGAUGGUCAGAGACUGAAUUUUUGCCUUAUCAUUUAAUCAUCUAUUUAUUGAGAAUGUGUUUGAAGUCCAUAACUUCAUUAUAAAGUGAAUGGAAUUUAUUCAUAGUUUUCUCGUCACAUUUUAUCAAUCAUGUUGUUCAUGGAAUGGUAGUUUUACCUAACUGUUUGAAGUGCGAGUGGCAAGUUGACUUGAUCAUGAAGGAAAGAAAAAUAUUUUUGCUAAUCAUUUUCCCCUAGACGUGGUGUAUAUAUAAAGUUUUUCCCAUUCCCCUGUUAGAGUUGCAGCAAACAAUUCCAGUUUAUAGUGUUACAAUCCCAUCAGUAUUAUAAAAUACAGAUCAAUAUUGAGAGAUUUAUUUAUAUUUUUAUUAGGCCAAAAGGCAAUUUUUAUUUCGCUUUUUUUCAAAAGUUGUCAAUAUUGGCAUUAAUAGAGGUAAUGUUCUCUAGAAAUAGCAAGAUCAGGCCUUUGCAGAGCUCAAAAAUGUUGAACACUGAAUCUUAAUUGUUUCAAUACAUGUAUUGACUUUGAUCAGUCACGGGUGCAUUUGUUAUCUCAUUUCUUUGUUAAUUUAUUAAUUGUUAGUGAAUUUUAAUUCCAAGUCCACUUAUGACCAGUGUGUAUUGUCUGUGAUAUUUUCAGUGUUAAAUAGUUGCAGCAUUUCCUCCCUACUCCCACAAUAGAUUGGUCUACUUUCAUAAAACUUCAUUUUGAUAUACAUGUAUACCUGGUAUAUGGAGAAAAAAAAACAUCAUCAAACUAUUUUUUUUUUUGUAUUUUCUGUGAUAUUCUGUGAAAGCAGACCAAAAGUUGGUAAAAUCCAAUGUCCUUCAGUAUUAUUGGCUCACAUUUUAUCGAGUGUCAGAAAUUCAAUGUAUAUGUAUUUUUUACACAAUACAGUGGAAAAAAUGAAAUAAAGAAAAAAAUAUUUACAAAU